AUGUCUGGGAGAGGAGGAGGAGGCGGACGAGGCUUAGGCGGUGAUGGUGGCCGUGGAGGAGGAGGAGGUAGUGGCAGAGGACAAGGGCGUGGUGGACGCGGCUAUGAUGGCGGCGGCGGCGGUCGCGUGUGCCGUGGUGGCGGACGGGGUUGGGUCGUUCCUCCCGGUGGCGGUGGUGAUGGAGGAGGACGGGGUUGGGCAGUUCCGCCAGGUGGUGGACGAGGUUGGGCAGUUCCGCCCACCAAUGCUCCAUCGCGGCCGCAUGCGGCGGCUGGUCCUUCGUCGUCAUCAUCGGCGAUCAGCCGAGAGUUUGAGAAGAAGCUGACUGUUGUUGAUCAUUCGGCUUCGACUUCUUCUGCUUCGGGCAGUGGCGGCGGUGAUGCCGAAGCAAUGCAGGUUCCGGUUCCCGUUCCGGUAAAGGUUCCGCCGUCGUCGACGAAGCAUCUUAAGGUCCCAAAGAGGCCGGGUUACGGAACAGGGGGUAACAAAAUUAUGGUUAGGGCUAACCACUUUGUGGUUAGGCUUGUGAACAAUGAUCUCAUGUUGCAUCAUUAUGACGUGGCCAUUUCUCCAGAAGUCAGGUCAAAGAAAGUGACCCGGGUCAUCAUGAAAAAGCUCCAAGAUGCUCAUAAGGCCUCAAAUCUAGGGAACCGAAUGCUGGCUUAUGAUGGAAACAAAAGUGUUUAUACUGCAAACGAACUGCCCUUUCAAUCCAAGGACUUCGUCGUUAAGCUUUCUAAUCCUGGAGAAAGAGAGCGGGAGUUUAAGGUCACCAUAAAGUUUGCUGCAAAGGUUGAUCUUUAUCGGCUUCAGCAAUUUCUUAGAAGCAAGCAACUAGAUGUACCACAAGAAACUAUACAAGCGCUUGAUGUGGUUCUCCGUGAAAAGCCAUCGACCAAUUAUACAGUUGUUGGAAGAUCGUUCUUCAAUCCAUCUCUGGGUGGUAGAGGUCCCCUUGGUGAUGGCAUGGAAUACUGCAAGGGAUUUUACCAGAGCAUCCGCCCAACUCAGAUGGGCCUUUCACUUAAUAUCGAUGUAUCAGCAACAUCAUUUUAUGAACCUACACCGGUGAUUGAUUUUGUCUCCAAUUACCUAAGGAAGGACAUUACAACUAGACAAAUGUCUAACCUGGACUGGAUCAAGGUGAAAAAGGUCCUCAGAAAUGUUAGGGUCAAAGUUACUCAUGUGGAAGCUGCAAGACAGAGAGAGUACAAAAUCUCCGGAAUCACUACUGAAUCCACAAGUCAAUUAUCGUUUGUUUUUGAUGGAACCGAUACAACGAUAGUUGAAUACUUCCGACAGAAGUAUAACUAUGUACUUCAAUAUCCAUUAUUGCCAGCACUUAAGAGUGGCAAUGAUGCAAGGCCUAAUUAUUUGCCCAUGGAGAUUGUUCGCGAGCAGGAAUACAAUGAUGAUACACUUUUGAAGGAAUUUGGAGUUCAAAUUAACCCUGCACUUACAUCCAUCGAGGCACGGGUUUUGCCACCUCCCAUGAUCAUGUAUCAUGAGACCGGGCAGGAAACAUUGGUUAAUCCAAACGUCGGGCAGUGGAAUAUGAUUAAUAAGAGAAUGAUUACCGGUGGGAGGGUAGACCACUGGGCUUGUGUUAGCUUCUCAAGAACUGCCAACGCUAACAAGUUCUUUAGAGAUUUGAUUGAAAUGUGCACCAGCAAAGGAAUGGUAUUCCGUUCCGAGCCAUUGAUUCCAAAUCAAGUAAUCACCAAUGGUCAGAUUGAGAAGGCUUUAAUUGAUAUUCACAACAAGUCUAUUGAAGAAUUCAAAAACUCGAAAACAGGACCGAAACAGCUCCAGUUGUUGUUGAUAAUUUUGCCAGAUAUGAAGGGAUCAUAUGAUAUGAUCAAGCGAAUUUGUGAAACUGAGUUGGGGAUUGUCUCACAAUGUUGCCAACCAGACAAAGUAGCUCGAGCUAAUAAGUCGCUUCUUGAGAAUUUAGCCCUUAAGAUUAACAUGAAGGUUGGUGGGAGGAAUUCUGUUUUACAACAAGCAAUUCAACGCAAGAUUCCAUUUCUGACUGACCGGGUUACUAUAGUUUUUGGUGCUGAUGUAACUCACCCUCAACCCGGGGACGACUCUGCUUCUUCAAUUGCUGCUGUUGUUGCUUCAAUGGAUUGGCCGGAGGUUACUAAGUAUCAGACGCGAGUAUCUGCACAACACCAUCGACAGGAGAUAAUCCAAGAUUUGUAUAAAGAAACACAGAAUGGCCAAGUGAAAGGAGGAAUGAUAAGGGAGCUGCUGAUUGCUUUCAAUAGAUCAACAGGACUAUGGCCGGAGAGCAUUAUAUUUUUCAGAGAUGGAGUUAGUGAAGGUCAAUUCAAUGAUGUGUUGAGGUUUGAGAUAGAUGCAAUCUGGAAGGCUUGUCAAUCAAUAAGACCAGAUUAUUUGCCUCGAAUGACUUUUAUUAUCGUGCAAAAGAGACACCAUACCCGUCUUUUGCCUAUGAAUCACAAGGAUCGCCGUUCAACCGACAAGUCUGGCAAUAUUAUACCAGGGACUGUUGUCGACACUCAGAUUUGUCACCCAACUGAAUUUGAUUUUUACCUCUGCAGUCAUGCUGGUUUACAGGUAUUAAUUAAGUUUCUCAUUAAUCCUAAUAUUAUAAGCUUUCUUAUUUAUUUAGUUGAUAUUAAUACGAUUCAGUGUCAUCAGGGUACAAGUCGUCCUGCUCACUACCAUGUAUUGUUUGAUGAUAAUGGGAUAACUGCAGAUCAGUUGCAGACAUUAACCAACAAUUUAUGCUACACGUACGGAAGGUGUACUAAGGCGGUUUCCUUAGUAACCCCUGCAUAUUAUGCUCACCUAGCUGCAUUUCGAGCUCGCUGCUACCAGCCCCAGGAAGGCGGGUAUUCUGACAGUGGAUCUCGUAGUGGUGGGAGUGACCGGAACAGGGCAACAAGAUCUGAGACGGUGGGCGAAGUCAGGCAACUGCCUGCCAUCAAAGAAAAUGUGAAGGAGGUCAUGUUCUUCUGCUGA